AUGGACCACUGCGACGUCCUGAUAGUCGGAGCUGGCCCAGUAGGGACUACUCUCGCCCUUGAACUGGCUCUGCAAGGCGUAUCUUUCCGUAUCAUCGACAAGAGCCCAGUCCGAUCAGAGAAAAGCAGAGCCUUAAUCGUUCACCCCCGUACUCUGGAGCUGCUAGAUCGCCAUGGAACUGUUGACAAGCUCAUCUCUAGAGGUACUAUCACCCGUGGCGGGGUGUUGAACAUCAACCGAAAACUGGUAGCCAAAAUGAAUCUGGAUGAUCUUGACAUCACGGACACGAAUUAUCCUUUGCCUCUGAUGGUCUCUCAAGCCGAAACCGAGCAGUUCCUGGAUGAGUCUCUGGCCGACUAUGGCAAGGCGGUUGAGCGGGCUUAUACUGCUACCAGCGUCGUCCAGGACGCCAACGGAGUCACCACAACUCUAGAAAAGCCAGACGGCACUCAGACCACGGUUCGAUCCAAGUACGUCGUCGGUUGUGACGGCGCGCACAGCUUGGUCCGACAUUCAGCAAAGAACCUCACCUUUGACGGGGACGCCUACCCACAAGACUUUAUCCUCUGCGACGCCCGCCUACGCAACUCCAACGUUGCGCGGGACCGCUUCACCAUUUGUUUCGGCGACACGGGCCUACUGGCAUUCUUCCCCAUUCAAUCAUCUCACAGCGAGAGCGAGGGCGAGGAAGAUCUCAUCCGCCUCAUCGCAUCAGGUGGCCGCUCCGUCCUCAAGCACUCACCACGAUCAGGAUCAGGAUCUCCCGUGGUCCCUACUGAACAACAACAGCGGCAGCACGGUGAACAAACUCACGAACCCCCCACCCUCGCGCACUUCCAAUCCCUCGUGGACUCCAUCGCCCCUCCCGGCUCCGGCACCGUGCACUCCCCCGUCUGGCUCGCCCGCUUCCGCUUACACCACCGGGGCGUCAACUCGUACCGGUCCGACCGACUCUUUGUGGCCGGCGACGCCGCGCACAUCCACAGUCCUGCCGGCGGACAGGGCAUGAACGUGGGGAUCCAGGACGCCAUCAAUCUGGGCUGGAAGCUGGGGACGGUGCUCAAGUACCGGGACACACUGACGGAGGAGGCAAGGGAGGCGUUGCUGGACAGUUAUCACGCCGAGCGAUACCCCGUGGGGAGGGCGUUGCUUCAGGGGACGGAUAGGAUCUUUAGCUUCACGGCAGCGGCGACUUCGUGGGUUCUCAAAGUGAGGAAUACGGUGCUGCCGUGGGUGAUGCCGUGGUUGGUUGGGAUGAAGUGGAUUAGGAAGAGGUUUUAUGGGUUUAUUUCGGGGUUUGGGACGACGUAUUCGGGUUUGGCAAGCGCGGGGGAGAGUUGUGUGGUCGGUGGUGGUGAUGGGGUGAAUACGUCUUGGCCGUCAUGGUUAUGGUCAUCCUCAUCCUCAUCCUUAUCAUCGCGGCCGGAGAAGGUGAGCAGCGGUGAUCGAUUGCCGGAUGGAAAGGUAAUCGAGCUAGGGCGAUCUCAUGGCGGGAUAACGGCUUCUGACCUGUUGGCGAGGAGGAAAGAAACGAGCUUGCAUCAACUUUGUCGAGGCGCGUCUUGGCAUUUGCUGUUGUUCUCCGGAAUAGGUGGAACAGAAGGUCGCGAUGCGGUGACGGUGGAGGGAUUGACACUGGCAGGCGAGAGGGUAUUGGCGGUGGUGAAAAAGGAGGAUCGUGGUAGUCGCGCGGGGCAGGGGCAAGCUUCCACAUAUGCGGACCCGGGUGGUCGGGUCCAUGGUGUGCUUGGAUUGGACAAUGGGAGUGCGGGAUAUGUGAUGGUGAGACCUGACGGCUAUGUUUCUCACAUUGGAUAUCUGUCGUCACUGCGGGAAUUUAUCAAGGAGUGGGAGACGAGAGUGUGUAUUUGA